AUGUCCAAGCCAACACUCGAGUUGAUCGAGACGGAUGAGGCAGGAAAUGUCGUAGCGACAUACGUUCAGACGAGCACUGGCGGACGCAACGCUGCGAGGAUAGACAGAAUCAUAACUCAUCACAGCGAGUCAAUCCAGUCCUCGCACUCAUACCUAACACAGGUACCUAAGGGCUCUCAAAAAUCGCUCAAGACACUCCUCGAUGUUUUCCUUCCAUCCGGAUAUCCUCAAAGCGUGACUGAAGACUAUCUGCCGUAUGACUCGCUACAAGCCUUUUCGAGCUCGAUAGCUGGCCUCCUCGCGAAUAGAGCAGUGCUCGAAGGUGUUGGCGUAGGUGAUGCCUCGGCGUCCGCUACCGGUGCACUCUUACUUUCCAUACUACAAGAAUCUUUGGGAAGGGUUGCGACGAUCGGAUUCGCUCACCGUUUCGGCAAUUCCUUGGAGCCCGAAUGCAAACUCUACCGAUUGCUGGCCGAUAUUUUCAAUGACGCUGCUAUGGUUCUCGAUUGCUUGUCGCCUGUGUUUCCGAAACCGAUGCGAGUUCUGAUACUCGCGAGCGGCAGCGUCUUGAGGUCGCUAUGCGGCGUUGCUGCUGGGAGUUCCAAAGCAAGUCUCAGUGCGCACUUUGCUCGAUGGGGAAAUUUGGGAGAGCUCAAUGCUAAAGAUUCCAGUCAAGAAACUGUAAUUUCACUGUUGGGCAUGCUGGUCGGGUGUCUUGUUGUCAAGACCGUCACUACGCCGUUUGCUACUUGGACGACAUUGUUGUUGCUGCUGACGUUGCAUCUUGCGACAAACUACAUGGCGGUCAGGUCGGUCUGCAUGCGCACCCUAAAUCGUCAGCGCGCCAAUAUCGUCUUUGCAUAUUUGCUCAAGUACGAUCGCGUCUUGAACCCUAAGCAAGUCUCAGCCAAGGAGCGAAUCUUCGAGCACGAUGGAAUAUUGCGUGAUGCGGAUGACAAGUGCUUGGGCUACUGCAAAAUAGGAGUCCCCGCUUAUGAAUUGUUGGAGCGUUUGGGAAGGACCGACAGGCUGACUAGAGCAACUAACAUCCCGGAUGGCCGACUACUGCAGCUUGUGGAGCUGUUCGAGGAAGAAAACUACAUUGUCUAUCUGGAACACCCGUCAGACACGACCUGCAUCUUGUUGAAGAAGGGCAGUGACACUACGGCUCAGUUGAAGGCCUGGUACCAUGCCCUGCUUCUCGCGCGGCAGAACAAGCAGGGGUUCAAAGGUGGGAUGGAUUCCAUGGAUGCGAUACAAAGCACACUUGUGGCUGUAAGGAAGGACUGGCAGAAGGUCCAAGCAAGGCUCGGUGAAGCAGGUUGGGAUUUGGAGACGGCAGCGCUGGAGACAACCUCAGGCUCGAGGGUGUCCAUCCAGAGGUGA